CACUGGUUUCCCACUGUUCCUUUUCAAGCUCUUUAUCGGUUCUUGCAUGUGUGCGACCGUUUUUUCGGCCGUAAACAGACGCAGGCACAACGGCAAGUCGAAGCGGACUAAUGUUGUUCGUUCACAGACAAUGAAAAGCUGUCAAAAAUAAGCGGUUGCCAGACCGUCGGCUGACGACGACCCGCGCUGAAAUUCCUAGACAGGAGAGACAGAGAGGCGGAGAAAGCUACAGUUGACAGGUGCCGUUACUCGGCUUAGUUCAAACUGAGCCAAGAUGCCGCCUGUUCAGAGAACUAUGUCAGACCUACGGUCCCGCGCCGAAGGGUAUGAAAAGACAGAAGAUGCAUCUGAGAAGACCUCCCUAGCUGACCAGGAUGAUGCUCGACUAAUAUUCAUCAAUCAGCCCCAGUUUACAAAAUUUUGCAGUAACCGUGUCAGCACAGCAAAGUACAACGUGCUGACAUUCCUGCCACGGUUCCUUUACUCUCAGUUCAGAAGAGCAGCCAACUCCUUCUUCCUGUUCAUCGCACUGCUGCAGCAAAUUCCAGACGUCUCUCCAACGGGGCGAUGGACCACUCUGGUGCCCCUGCUCUUCAUCCUUGUGGUGGCAGCAGUGAAGGAGGUGAUAGAAGACCUGAAACGUCAUAAAGCUGACAAUGUUGUCAACAAGAAAGAGACGCAAGUGCUAAGAAACGGAGCCUGGGAGAUUGUUCACUGGGAGAAGGUAGUGGUGGGGGAUAUAGUUAAAAUAAAUGGCAAAGAUUACGUUCCUGCAGACGCUAUACUGCUGUCCUCCAGUGAACCUCAAGGAAUGUGUUACAUCGAAACAUCCAACCUAGAUGGAGAAACAAAUUUAAAAAUCAGACAAGGCCUGCAGAUCACGUCUGAAAUUAAGGAUAUUGACAGCCUGAUGCGACUUUCUGGUCGUAUGGAGUGUGAAAGCCCCAACAGACACCUUUAUGAGUUUGUGGGCAAUAUCCGACUGGAUGGACACAGCACAGUACCACUCGGUCCAGAUCAGAUUCUGCUGAGAGGAGCCCAGCUGAGGAACACACAGUGGGUACACGGCAUUGUGGUCUACACAGGACAUGACACUAAGCUUAUGCAGAACUCUACACGACCUCCUUUGAAGCUGUCCAACGUGGAACGCAUCACUAAUUUUCAGAUCCUGGUUCUGUUUGGCUGCCUGCUGGCCAUCUCACUGGUGUGCUCCAUAGGGCAGACCAUCUGGAAGUACCAGUACGGCAAUGACGCCUGGUACAUGGACCUCAACUCUCCAGAUGGUGGUGCGGCUAACUUUGGCCUGAACUUCCUCACCUUUAUCAUCCUCUUCAACAACCUGAUUCCCAUCAGCCUGCUGGUGACGUUGGAGGUGAUCAAAUUCAUCCAGGCCUACUUCAUCAACUGGGACACUGAUAUGCUAUAUGAAGCUACCAAUACUCCAGCCAUGGCUCGAACAUCCAACCUGAAUGAAGAGCUGGGCCAGGUGAAGUACAUCUUUUCAGACAAGACAGGAACACUGACCUGUAAUGUGAUGCAGUUUAAGAAGUGCACCAUAGCUGGCAUAGCCUACGGUCACUCAUCUGAAGUGGAGGAUGGUAGUUUUGCAGAAGAGGACGGUCACAGCUCUCACUCGAUGGAGGAGGCUGGAUUUAAUGACCCCAGCUUACUGGAAAACCUCCAAAGCAAUCAUCCCACUGCCCCUGUGAUCAUGGAGUUUAUGACCAUGAUGGCGAUCUGCCACACAGCUGUGCCUGAGCGCAAUGAGGACACAAUUACCUACCAGGCUGCUUCUCCAGAUGAAGGUGCUCUGGUACGUGCAGCACGGAAUCUCGGCUUUGUUUUCUCAGCCAGGACCCCAGACAGCGUCAUUGUUGAGUCUCUUGGUGAAGAGGAAAAAUAUGAGCUACUGCAUGUGUUGGAGUUCACAAGUGCCAGAAAGAGGAUGUCAGUCAUCAUGCGCACUCCAUCUGGAAAGAUCCGCCUCUACUGCAAAGGAGCCGACACAGUGAUCUAUGAUCGCUUGGCAGACAAUUCCAGAUAUAAGGAUAUCACACUCAAACAUCUGGAACAGUUUGCUACAGAGGGUUUGCGUACGCUGUGCUUUGCUGUAGUGGACAUAUCAGAGUCAUUGUAUCAGCAGUGGCAGGAAGUGCAUCAUCGAGCCUGCACCUCUCUCCAGAACAGAGCACUCAAACUGGAAGAGAGCUAUGAGCUCAUUGAAAAGAACCUGCAACUGUUGGGUGCCACAGCAAUCGAGGACAAGCUGCAGGACCGUGUUCCUGAGACUAUAGAGACUCUGAUAAAAGCAGACAUUAAAAUCUGGAUCCUGACCGGUGACAAACAAGAGACCGCCAUCAAUAUAGGACACUCCUGCAAGCUGCUCACCAAGAACAUGGGUCUGCUGGUGAUUAAUGAGGAGACACUGGAUGGGACAAGGGAGACUCUGAGCCACCACUGUGGCAUGCUGGGAGAUGCUCUGCAUAAGGAGAAUGACUUUGCGCUGAUAAUUGAUGGGAAGACGCUGAAGUAUGCGUUGACCUUCGGAGCACGUCAGUACUUCCUCGACCUUGCACUGUCCUGUAAGGCCGUCAUAUGCUGCAGAGUAUCUCCACUGCAGAAGUCUGAGGUGGUGGAAAUGGUGAAGAAGCAGGUGAAGGUAAUCACUCUGGCCAUCGGUGAUGGAGCCAAUGAUGUGGGCAUGAUCCAAACCGCUCAUGUGGGUGUCGGCAUCUCUGGCAACGAGGGACUGCAGGCUGCCAACUCUUCAGAUUACUCCAUUGCACAGUUCAAGUACUUGAAGAACCUCCUGCUGGUCCAUGGCGCCUGGAACUAUAACCGUGUUGCUAAAUGUAUCCUGUACUGCUUCUAUAAGAACAUCGUACUGUACAUCAUUGAGAUUUGGUUCGCCUUUGUGAACGGCUUCUCUGGUCAGAUUCUUUUUGAGCGGUGGUGCAUCGGCCUGUAUAACGUGAUUUUCACAGCUCUGCCACCCCUGACACUGGGCAUUUUUGAGCGCUCCUGCAGGAAAGAGAACAUGCUCAAAUACCCAGAACUUUACAAGACAUCCCAAAAUGCUAUGGGCUUCAAUACCAAGGUUUUUUGGGCUCAUUGUCUGAACGGACUCUUUCACUCAGUCAUCCUCUUCUGGUUCCCCCUGAAAGCCUUCCAGCAUGAUACAGUCUUCGGGAACGGAAAGACUCCAGACUAUCUGCUGCUGGGGAACAUGGUGUACACAUUUGUGGUGAUCACUGUGUGUCUGAAGGCAGGGUUGGAGACUUCCUCUUGGACCAUGUUCAGUCAUAUAGCUAUCUGGGGCAGCAUUGGACUUUGGGUAGUGUUCUUUGGCAUCUACUCCUCUCUAUGGCCUCUCAUCCCUCUGGCUCCGGAUAUGUCGGGAGAGGCGGAUAUGAUGUUCAGCUCUGGAGUGUUCUGGAUGGGGCUGUUCUUCAUUCCUGUCACCUCUCUGGUGUUUGAUGUGGCCUACAAAGUUAUAAAGAAGGCAUGCUUUAAGACUCUGGUGGAUGAGGUCCAGGAACUGGAGGCUAUGUCUAAGGAUCCAGGAGCUGUGGUUCAUGGAAAAAGCUUGACAGAGAGGGCCCAGCUGUUGAAGAACGUGUUCAAGAAGAGCACUGUCAGCUUGUACCGCUCCGACUCCAUGCAGCAGAAUCUACUCCACGGCUACGCCUUCUCUCAGGAUGAGAACGGAGUGGUCUCCCAAUCCGAGGUCAUCAGGGCCUACGACACCACCAAGCAGCGGACCAACGAGUGGUGAGAUCCGGCCCCCAAGGCCCGGUCCCCCUGAGCCUCAGCUGUCAGUCAACUUUUUAAAACUGGCAGAAGCUGAAGCCUGUCAGUUUGUCUUUCUCCAGCUCAGAGUUGCCUGGCUGGAACAGCAUAGAAAAACAAAAGAGAGAGAGCAAGAGAGAGAAAGCUGUACUUCAAAAGGGAAGAAUAAAAAAGUGAGGAACAAAAUUAAGAUUUGGAGAUUUGUAGAUUUGAAGCAGUCACACUGCAACGCAGUAGCUGCAUGGCCACACUGGGCUUGAGUGGCUUAAGAUGGACUUCUCUGUUACUGACCCAUCACACAGAGAGACGCUGAGAAACACUCCAUGAAUUCUCUCUCCUCUGACAUCCUCGCAACUUUUACUGUUAAAGCCAAAAACACAGUGGUGGUGACGGUGAUGGUAAUGAUGGUGUUAAAUGUUUGUGGUAAUGGUCUUUGAUUUUGUCCCCAGUAUGUGUGUAUUAAUACACCAGUCAUGGUGUAUUAAGCUCUCUGAAUAACAGUAUGGCUCUAAAUAAUCCCUGUUUGUGUAGCAACAGCAGUAUUGAGCAGCUCCACACAGCUCCUGUGGAAAUGGGAAUCGCCAAAGAUGACAUCAUCAUAAUCGUCAUGACACUAUCUCUGUUUAAAAAGAAAAAAAAUGUUGACGACUUAUUUAGAAACUAACAGUAUUAUGCAGUUGUAUUUACAGAUUUUUCCCUAAACAUCUGCCCUCUGUACUGAUUUGGCCACUGCAGACCAAAACUAUUUUUGUUUUAGUUUUUUUAACCCAACCUCCCCCUUGCAUGCUCUUAAGUUCUUAUUUAUGUUCCUGCCUUCGGUCAUAGAUAGUUUAACUUUUUUUUUAAUGUUAUUAAGAAAUUGUUUAUUGUGCCUGGAUGUCUGGCAGCCAUUUGGUUAGUGCCAUUUAUAUAACAUAUUUUGAUGGCACUUCAGUAAGUUUCUGCAUUCCUCAUUGAAUACCGCUGCAACGAUCACAAAGGUGCCUAAUAGGAACUUUUUUUUUUGUCCCUGUUAGAGAGUAAGUCAGAUACUUUAGCUAGGCAGGAUUAGUCCGCUAACACAUAUGAGCUGGGAGCUGUUGUUUUCUCUGCAGUGCCUGGCUAGUUUGUUUGAGCUCCAUGUUGACUCUGUUGUGUCAGCCAGUCCUGUAUGGUUCAUACAAUUUGUGUGAACAUCUUUUUGACGAUGCAGAUGGUUGACUUCUAGUAAUUCUCUUGGAGAGAUAGUUGAUUCCUCAAAACUUGAAGUGCCAUUAGCGUAAGGGGGGGAGAAAGGGGAUUUAAGCCUGGAGGUCCACCCAGUAUCAAAAUAAUUUUGUCUCCAUAGUUAUUUUGUGAAUUUGUAUUUUUAUAUUGGAGAAGUACAACUUUUUUGGAAUGAUCUGCUUUGUAAUGAGACGUCCUUCUUCUUCUCUUUUGUCAUCUGUAUUAAGAAAACUGAUGGUGAAGAAUGAGCCUAACUUAACCUGAGACUAAAACUUCUCUUGUUAACAUUGUAAAGGCUUUUUUUUCUUUUAUGGUAGAGUAUUUUGUGUGUGUGUGUGUGUGUGUGUGUGUGUGUGUGUGUGUGUGUGUGUGUGUGUGUGUGUGUGUGUGUGUGUGUGUGUGCGUCUGUGUGUGAGUGUUUGCUAGCUCUCUUCUCCCUGUGGGAGAUCAGGUUUUGCGUGUGUGCAUUUGUGUGUUGUCUGCAUGUGCUUGUGAGCGUAUGCUUGAAUGUGUGUGUGUGUGUGUCCUUGAGCAUGUGUGUGUUAACUUACCCCUGGGAGACUAACUGCUGUUUCCACUUGAUCAGUUCUGGAUUCCUUUGUGUAUGAGACUGAAGGUUGUGUGGGUUAUGGUUGCCACCUCAGCCUAAAAUUCCUGGACACUCAAGCAGUGAUUUGAUAUUUUUUUAAAUUCAGUGGACGAGUAGCUCGUAGUAGUUAUAAUGCAGUUCAAAUCUUGCACCCACACUACUGGAUAAUUAGGUCAAUUUUAAGGCAGAAUCACAGAAUGUGUCCUUAUUUCAGGAUGGUCUUAAACUAUAUUAUCUUCUCAUCAGUUGUAACCGGCCAGAUUUCAAAUGUUAAGCGUUUAGUUUUUACCACUUAACAUCCUGCAUUGUGGGGGAGAAACACAUAUUCUAUCAUAUGAAAUGCAGUGUUGACAUCACAGGUGAAUAACUGAUAACCAGCUGUGCUGAACUGAAGGGUAAAAAUUGACAUUUCCAAAUUCCACUGCUUGUUUUUCUUUGCAAAAUGCACACAUAGCUGCAAAAAUGCCACAGCAAUCUGUGCCUCAAUGUCAUUUGCCAUGUUAGUUUUAAUCUCAAGUCAUGUUUAUUCAUUAGAAAUUCAUGAAUCCCAGGUUGGAUUGGUUCAUAAACAUAAUUAAAAAGAGUGUGAUGUUUCAUGGCCAAAUCUUUUAGCAUGGGGGCUAUGAUAACUGAAAAAUAACAAAAAUGUGUGAAAUCUGUAUUUUUGGGGUCUGUCACAUCUUCAACAUUGUGUAGGAGAAGUCUUAUAGUAUAGACCUGGCAUAAGUAAUGUUUUCUGGUCUCAAGGGCUGAAUGAUUCAUCAUUUUCUAUACUGAAAUUACAAAUUGAAAGACUGCAGUUUUCAAAUCGCAAGCUUCAAUUGUACUUACGUCCCAUAUUUUCAGCAUUGUCUUAAAAUGUUCCAAUAUUAUCAGUAUUUCAGUCACAAUCACAUAUUUUCCCCUCAUCGUUCAGCCCCACUAGUGUCUAAACAUGUCAUUGAACAGUGCACCUUCCUGAAACACUUGUCUCUACACUGAACUAACUAAACCCAUUCUUUGUAAACAGAUGGUUCUAUGGGUUAAAAAGAAACAAACUUUAUAAUGCAUGCUAACAUAUGAAUAUAUGUGAAGAUAUGUGUCCAGGAAUGGAAUCUGUUUUUUUCCUGGACAGACAACCAAAAUCCCAGACAAUCCAGGACAAUUCUGGAUAGGUGGCAACUGUAGUGUGGGGUAUGGGUGUGCAUGUGUGUGCGUGACCCCUAUGUCUGUGUCUUUGUGUGCGUAAUGCCGCUCGCUCCUUGUCUGCAUGUCUCCAGGUAUAAUCACAGUGUGCUAUGAUGCUGCAUGGCCCUGUACAUGUGUAGAGUGGUUGUGCGGGAGUAUGCGUGUGCGUGCUGUCCUUCAGCCUGUACUAGGCAGAAGGGUGCUUGGUGGUAAUGCUGAGCUAAAGCUUGACAGAUGAUGUUGCACUGUUGAACUCUCAAGUGGUGGCUGAUCUUUCUGAACUGGGUAUUAUUUGUUUCCAGUAUAAUUUAUCUGGUCGUACGUACGAGCUUGUACUUUUGGUUAAAAUCUCACAUGAUGUACCUCUUCGCUGAACAGAAAUCUCAGUGUGUUUUCUUUUCUCAGCUUUUGUAAAGUACAGCCUCAGUGCUUUCGUCUCCUAAUCUCUGCUUUCAGUGGGUCAUUUCUGUUCUGAACGUUUGCUGUUGUUGGUUGUCGUUGAACACUGGAAUUUUUUCUGACGUGACCGCAGUGAAAGAGUUGGACCGUUGCUUUAGCAAGCCGUUGUCUGUGGAAGUGGUUGACUGCAUGAAUGGUUUAAAUGUUAGUCGUACACAGGUUUUCUUUUAAUAUUGGUCACUUUAAAGAAGAAAAUGCACUUUUAUUUUUUAAUUUGUAUUAACUCUGUUUUUGUUUUGUUUUUUUUAUGUCUUCAUUGUUUAAUGAUUGUUCAGCAUGUUGGGACUGCAAAAUUUUAAGUGUUCUGUCUUUUACUGCCAUAAAGGACUACAGAAAUAAACUUUACAACUUGAACAUGAAAA